CCGCCAUCACCAGUUUUCUCACACCUUUCUCUCUCUGUAUAAUCUCUUCAACGGCCUUCAAUGGUCAGACUUGGCUUUCGAACUUAGCCAAGAACGAGCAUGUCUUCUUGUCUUCUUCCUCAGUUCAAGUGCCAACCUGAUUCUUUCUCUAUUCACUUCAGAACCUCUUUCUCCGUCUCAAAGCAAAAUAAGGGUCCAGUCUUCUUCCAACCGCAAUGUGCAGUAACUACUUCUCCGGCGUUGUUAACUUCUACGCUUGAUGUGGCGAAGCUUAGACUACCCUCUUUCGAUACUGAUUCAGAUUCCCGAAUAUCAGACAGGCAAUGGACUUAUACAGGAACCGUUGGUCCUUCCACUGAGGCAAAAUAUUUAGAAGCUUUAGCCUCUGAAACACUGCUCACCAGUGAUGAAGCUGUAGUUGCGGCAGCAGCAGCUGAAGCAGUCGCCCUUGCAAGAGCUGCUGUCAAAGUUGCGAAAGAUGCCACAUUAUUUAAGAACAGUAACAACACGAACCUAUUAAUUUCUUCAACGGCAGACAAACGAUCCAAGUGGGAUCAGUUUACAGAGAAGGAACGUGCUGGCAUAUUGGGACAUCUAGCGGUUUCAGACACUGGAAUUGUGAGUGAUAAAAGCACUGCACCUGCUUCUAACAAAGAGUCAUCUGCUGAUUUAAUAUCAGAAAUACAAGAAGUUGAGCUUGUGGAGGAGCAACCUGCAGCGAGUUUAGCUGUGAGAUCUACACGCCAAACUGAAAGGAAAGCUCGGCGGGCAAAAGGGUUAGAGAAAUCUGCAUCAGCUAUUCCGUCUGUGAAGACUGGUUCAAGCCCUAGAAAGAAACGUGUUGUUGCUCAAGAAGUUGACCAUAAUGAUCCUUUGCGUUAUCUUAGAGUGACAACAAGCAGUUCCAAGCUACUCACUGUCAGAGAAGAACAUGAGCUAUCUGCAGGAAUACAGGACCUUCUGAAGUUAGAAAGACUUCAAGCAGAGCUUACUGAACGUUGUGGCCGUCAGCCAACCUUUUCACAGUGGGCUUCUGCUGCUGGAGUCGAUCAAAAAUCUUUGAGGAAACGUAUAAAUUAUGGCACGCAAUGCAAAGACAAAAUGAUUAAAAGCAACAUCCGUCUCGUUAUUUCGAUUGCAAAGAAUUAUCAAGGAGCUGGGAUGAACCUCCAAGAUCUUGUCCAGGAAGGGUGCAGAGGGCUUGUGAGGGGAGCAGAGAAGUUUGAUGCUACAAAAGGUUUUAAAUUUUCAACUUAUGCGCAUUGGUGGAUCAAGCAAGCAGUGAGGAAGUCUCUCUCUGAUCAGUCCAGAAUGAUAAGAUUGCCUUUUCACAUGGUAGAGGCUACAUAUCGAGUGAAAGAGGCACGGAAGCAAUUGUACACUGAAAAGGGUAGGCAUCCAGAGAACGAAGAAGUUGCAGAGGCAACAGGGCUGUCGAUGAAGAGGCUCAUGGCGGUUUUACUCUCUCCUAAACCUCCGAGAUCGCUAGACCAGAAGAUUGGAAUGAAUCAAAACCUCAAACCUUCGGAAGUGAUAGCAGAUCCUGAAGCAGAAACAUCAGAAGAUAUAUUGAUAAAGCAGUUCAUGAGGGAAGACUUAGACAAAGUGUUGGACUCGUUGGGAACGAGGGAGAAGCAAGUGAUACGCUGGAGAUUUGGGAUGGAGGACGGGAGAAUGAAGACAUUGCAAGAGAUCGGAGAGUUGAUGGGAGUUAGCAGGGAGAGAGUGAGGCAGAUAGAGUCCUCUGCAUUCAGGAAACUCAAGAACAAAAAGAGAAGCAACCAUUUGCAGCAAUACUUGGUUGCACAAUCAUAAAGUUUUAAUCUUUCUUGAAAAUGGAAUGUUUUGUGCAUAGAACCCACUCCGAGUAUAAACAUUUCGCAAGCAGUAUAAAUUAUUCUUAUAGCAUUUGACUAUACUUGUGACCAGUA